GGGGAAAACGAAUAGGAGGAGGGGGCGGUUUCUCUUCCACUCGCGUCGCUUUAGUCGUACUCGAGUUAGGGUUUAAGGGAGGAGGAGAUCGGAUUGGGGAGGAGCGAUGGGGAGGGGGAGGGUGCAGCUGAAGCGGAUCGAGAACAAGAUCAACCGGCAGGUGACGUUCUCCAAGCGUCGAUCGGGGCUGCUCAAGAAGGCCCACGAGAUUUCGGUGCUCUGCGACGCCGAGGUCGCCCUCAUCGUGUUCUCCACCAAAGGCAAGCUCUAUGAGUACUCCACCGAUUCCAGUAUGGAAAGGAUUCUCGAACGUUACCAGCAAUACUCGUAUGCUGAAAGAGCCCUUUUAGAAGCAGAUACCGAGGUUCAGGGAAACUGGUGCCUUGAAUAUGGGCAACUGAAGGCAAAGAUUGAGGCACUACAAACGAGUCAAAGGCACCUCGUUGGUGAGCAACUCGAAAAGUUGACACUUAAAGAACUCCAACAGCUGGAACAACAACUUGAAACAGCUUUGAGAAAAAUAAGGUCAAGAAAGAACAAUGUGUUGUUUGAUUCGAUUCAUGAGCUUCAAAGGAAGGAGAAAGCACUGCAAGCACAUAACAGCAAUCUGGAGAAGAAGAUCAAGGAGAAGAACAAGGAGGCAGAAGAGGCUUUGAGCCAACAGCAACAAGCGGAGCACCAAGCUCCAGCCGAGACCAGUUCCUCUCCACCGGACUUGCUAUCAACAGACUCCACCAUUAAUGUCGGAAAUUACCAAGCCACAGGCGCAGUCGUGGAGGAAGCCGAGCAGCCGCUUGCCCAAACGACCAGCAGCGUCUUGCCACCAUGGAUGCUUCGCCUGUGAAGAGGACCGAGAAGCAGUCGUCACACAACAAGCGCUCUCAAGUUCAAGUUGUUCUUUCGACUACUUGUACAUAUAACACCAAGUCUCCGUGCUGGUGUUGUGAGCUCCUCCUUUUUAUCUCUCUCUCUCUCUCUCUCUAGAGUCUGAUCCAGGUCCAGCUUUGGAGUCGUAUGGAAAGGAAGCAUGUGAGACUAAAGCACACGGUUCCAAUC